AAGUCGAACAACCAAAAUGCCAUUCACAUGUUUACGUUUUCGUCAGCUGUUGUGGCAAAAUGCGUUUGUUGUUACCCUGCCAGUGCUGUCCAAUGUGCGGUUGUGAUAAAACAAUAAAAAAAGAAAGAAAAGAAACACAAACGAAUUUACAUUGAGGCAUUAUAAUAUUAGUGCGCACUUUGAGAGCAACGGCCGUCAACAUUUUGUCACGAUUAAAGCGCCCCAUUCAGCGUACACUGUUGAAAGUGCCGUCGACAGGCAAUAGCAACAAUAUGCACAGCUGUACGCUACUGCAGGAUGAGGCCAACUAUCAGCCGGACACGCUGGAUCUCAAUACAGAUGCGAAGGCGGCGGCCUAUUGGUUUCCCUGCUUCCGUGAGCUGGUAAACAAAUUUGCCAAACAGGCGGCUAGCAGCCAAAGGGACGAUGACAGCGCCGAGCAACGUGCGGCACAGUUUCAGGCCGCAUAUCUGCGCCAGCUGGAGGAGCAUCAAAAUAACAUAGCCAACAAUAGUGGUAAAGUGGUCCUGGGCACCAGCGAGCUGCUCAAGCUGAACGAGACUAUGCUGCGACGUUUUGGCUUCACGGAUCCCUGGCUGCGCCAGAAGCAGCAGGAGAAUGCCUCGGCCAAGGCGCGUCUAAAGCAGCGUCUGCAGGAGAUCGAUGCCAUUGAGAACGAGGAUGCGCGCUGGACGGAACUGGUGCGCGGCGUGCUGGCGGGCAACAUGUUCGAUUGGGGCGCCCAGGCCAUAGCCAGCAUACUGGAGCAGGAUAGCAAUUUUGGACUGCAUGCGGCACUGGAGCGCAUCGAACAGCGCCCCUGGCUGCUGGACAAUCUGGAUGGAUGGCUGCAGCGAAUGCAUAUCACAGCCGCCCAGCCGCCACACAAAUGCGCCGUCAUCUUUGUGGACAACAGCGGCGUCGAUGUGGUGCUCGGUGUGCUGCCAUUUGUCCGCGAGCUGCUCAGGCGCGGCACCAAGGUGCUGCUCUGUGCCAACAGUGAACCCUCGCUAAACGAUGUGACCAGCCGUGAGCUGAGCGCGCUGCUGGACGAUUGCGCCUGCCAGUGCAGCAUUUUGGAUAACGCCUGGCGCUCCCGCCGACUGCUGGUCUAUGCGAACGGCCAGAGCGGUCCCUGCCUGGACAUGCGCACGCUGCCGCCCGAGCUGUGCGAUGCCAUAGCUGCCAAUGAGACUGAUCUGCUUGUCAUCGAGGGCAUGGGCCGGGCGCUGCACACCAAUCUGAAUGCGCAGUUCGCCUGCGAGACCCUUAAGCUGGCCGUCGUCAAGAAUCGCUGGCUAGCCAAGUAUCUCGGCGGCGACAAGAUGUUUGCGGUCAUUUGCAAGUACGAGCACAGCUAGUGCGCGGCCCCAGAAGAUUCAUUUGUUAUGCAAUGCAUUGUUUUCUUUUCUUUUUCCAAUUAUUGUUAUUGUUUUAACCGAAGAAAGAAACAACAAAAACAAAAACAAACAAGAACAAUCAAGAAAAAUAUGAGAUUCAGCUUGUCGUGU